CCCAAAAGCACACACACGACUAAAACCGAUCAGUCAGUCAGUCAGACAGACAGGCCCUCCCCACUAGCACACUAGGCAAAGAAAGCCAGCCGUAGAACACACGAGACAGACAAAGGAAGGAGGAUCUACUUGCUGCCCUUGGUUUGCAGCCGACGGGCAGUGGCCUUGACCUCGUAGUGGUCAACCCAGCUGUGCGUUUGGAGGAAGAACCAAGAAAAACACAAAGACAGUAUUAUCUUGAUUGAUCCGUGUCUCUUGAGGACAUCUGUGUGUGAGUGUGUAUGUGUAUUGGUUCGUACCGGCCUGUGGGCGUGACGAACUUGGUGGGGUCGUCGUCCUUGGUCGAUCGGAUCAUCUUGCAGGAGGCGGAAAGCUGUUCAAAGUCGAAGGACUUGCAGAUGGUCUCCUCCAGACACUUGCGGGCGCAUGUGGCGGCAUUCUGGACGGUGAAGACGGGGAAGUCGCCCGACACCAACAACUCCUUCUCCGAGUACCUGCAUGCAGCCAACACACACAGCAGAAAGGAUGCGAUUGAUGUAUCGGGAAGGGGCAUGACAGCACACAUGUAUCUGUGUGGCGGUUCGCGUACCUGUCGAACUGCAGCAGGGGGUUUUCGCCAUCUAUGGAGGUCAGGUCGACGCCCUCGGCGGUGAUCUCGGCUCCCUCAGUUUCCAUGAGGGGGGAGAACUCGAGUGGCAGUCUCAUGAAGGUGUCGUUGGUCUUGAGGUACAGGACGCCUUGGCCGCCAGACCACAAAGUGCGCGACAGGUCGCACGCGUCGGGGUCCGUGUAGCACACUGUCCGGAUAAGGAAUGCAAUGCAGCACACACAGACAGAAAGCGAGACAGAGAGGGAGAGGCUUGAUGGAUGGAUGUUGGCCGUGUAUAUGUAUGUGUGUGUGUUGGCGAGGUGCGUACCCUGGAGUCCGUCGGUUUCCUUGAGGAAGUGUGCGACGUUGAUUCUGAGUUCGGUCUGUCCCUUGGGCGGGAUGAUUCCGUGUGGCGUGCCGGCCAUGGUCAUCCAGUGGUGUGCUGAGAUGGGCAUGUAGUGGAUAGCGGUGCCCGUGGUGGGGUACGCCGACGUGGCCGAAACCUUCUUGUGUGUGGUGCCGCUCUUGAGCCCGAUCUUGAUGUGCUUGUCGCUCUGCGGGUUGAAGGCGUCGGCGUGCGUGAUGCCAUGGACGUUCUCGUACAAGAAGUGGAUGGGGCCGCUCUCCUCGAGCACCACCUGGAAGUUGAUGGUCCCCGCCCCGGCGUACUUGAAGCCGCUCCAGUGGACCGUCACGUCGUGCUCAUCGACCGUGACGUACACCCCAUCCGCCGUCGACAACUCGGACGAGGCGUACCCGUUGAUGACCUGACCAAACAAGUCAAUGCGAUGCGGCCACACACACAGAGGAUGGAUGGACGCCAAGGGGAUAGAUGAGUGCGCGUCUACAGCUGACCCCGUCGUAGCCGAGUAGGAUUGAGCCGUCGAGUGAAACCUUCAUGGUCGAGUAUAUGCCACCGAAGUACGGGACAGGGAAGGGCAGAGCCACCUCCGUCUCCCUCUCGCCAGAUUCAAACGUGACCUUGUUCUCAACCGUCUUGUUCUCGAACCAGAAGAAGUCACCUGAAUGGACAAGACAGCAAGUACCCUUCCUGGAUGAUUUCCCUCGCUCACUCACUCACUCACUCACUGACUCAUUCACUCAGCUUCUACCUACCGGUGGUCAUGACGUAGUCGGGGGCGGUGGGGAUCUGGGUGUCCAUCCCCAGCUGCGCGCAGUACAUGAGGCCCUUGACCGCAUCCUCGUUAGUUAUCUGAUGACCAAUUAAAGGAUCGACACGCACGCAUUGAAUAAAGCACACGCCACGCCAGCAAGGGAAACAACCGAGAAGUGGAUGAUCGCUGCUGCCAAUUCUCGCGUCGCUGACUGACCUUGAUUUUGUAGGUGUUGGCUGUGUUGGAUGGGAUGCGCUCCCGGAUGCUUGGGGGGGAAACGCCGAAGGAGGCGCCCUCACAUGUGAGUGUGAGUGUCUUGCUAGUGGUGAUAUCCCGGCCGGCGGGAGAGCCUUCAUUGGUGGCCAGGUGCAGGGUGGCGGUGCGGGUGCCGCUCUUGGACGGGAUGCAACGGACCUGAGGAAACCAGAGAGGGAAAGAGAGACAGAGAGACAGACAGACAGACGUUCAGCGAGCCAUGUGUGUAGGUAGGGCUGCUUGUCGGUGAGUGUGGGCUGGCUGACCUUGACAAGGUGGGAUUCCUGGUUGGGCGAGACGGUGACUAUCAUGCCCUUGGGCGGCAGCACUUCAAAGUCGUUGGCGUGGUCUCCCGUCACGUCCUGCACUUGCACGGCCAGGACACCGGUGCCGCCGUUGGCUAUGGGCACCUCAACGGCAGGACUGGGCACGUGGACAGCACUCUUGCCCACGGACAGACUCGCAGGCAAAGCCGGCGACAGGCUCGACCCGCCCAACGCCAGCAGCCGCAGGGAAGACUCCACACUGCUGCCGCCGCUGUGGAUGUCCAAAGUGGCCCUGCGUAGAUGCAAACAGACACACACCGUCGAACGGCACGGUACGGCCAGGUGGAAAAGAGUGCGUCUCCCAGGCAUCCCUACCCGUAUUGGCCGGCAGUGACGGCGUCGACCUCGACUGUCACAUUGACUGUGGCGCCCGCUGCCACUGUGGCCGUCGCAGGGUACGACACGGCGUUGGUCAAGCUCGCCGUCAUCUGCACUCAUCACACGUCAUGAACACCCACUUCCUCUGCACUACUCCGUUUGGACAGACAGACAGGCAGACCGUCAUGUGUGGUGGGUGGCUGGGCUACCUGGAGGGCCUUGCUGACGUUGAGUCUCUUCUCGGUGACGGUCAGGAACGUGUCGUUUUCAGAGAGGGGCGUGCCGCUCUGCAGCAGGACCUCCUUCUGCUGGGCCCACGUCAGGUCCGGGUUGACCGCCAGCAUGAGCGCCACAGCACCCGUCACGUGCGGCACGGCCAUCGAUGUGCCGUUGGCCGUGUACAGCCUACAAGGCCAGACAGACACACAGACAGACCGUCCAUCCGCCCAUCGACAGAGGGGUCCUCUUUGUCUGCGUCAUGCACGUCGCCUACGAUUCAUUGAAGAGGCUGGCUGGCACAGUCGAGACGAUGUUAGCACCGGGCGCCGCGAGGUGGAUGGUCUCAUUGCCGUAGGACGCCCAGUAGGGGAUGUGGCCGUCUUCGUCAUGCGCCGUGACCGUCACCAUGUUGGGAAUACCGAAGGUCGCCGGGAAGUCGGGCAUGGCGUCGUUGUCGAAUCCCUCAUUGCCUGACAUCGUAUGCAUCCAUCCAUCAGGCUAUGUACGAAUGUAUGUAUGCAUGGGUGCCCUGUCUUGUCUUGUCCUGUGGCCUGCCUGCGGCACAGAUGAACAGCUGGUUGGCCUUCAUGUUGGCGACAAUGGCGUUGUAGAGUGCGGAGCUGAAUCGGACUCCGCCCCACGAGUUGCUCGUCACGUGCGCCCCGUGGUCCACCGCAUACUCGAGGGCCUCGAUGGCAUCCGACAUUAGACCUGAUCACAUUCCAGACACACAACAAACACACACACACACACACAGACACAGAUGGGCCACAAGGAGACAUGUAGCCCAUUCACAGAGAGUAUCAGUGGGUCAGUAACGUACCACUGCCAUCAGCUGCGAGGAAUUUGAGUGCCAUGAUUUGGGCCUUCCACGCAACGCCGCUAACUUCGGCUCCGUUGUUGCCCUUGGCGGCAAUGACACCAGCAACUAAACAAAUGCACACAGGCAGACAGACAGACAGACAGGCGUGGUGUCAGUCGAUUGGUAUAUCGGCCGAUCGGUAGGUCUGUCUGUCUGUCUGUGUGUGUGUGUGUCUGUCUGUGUGUGUGUGUGUCUGUCUGUGUGUGUCGGUAUGGUAGCGAGUGCUGUGUCUGCAGUGCUGCAUACCAUGUGUUCCGUGCCCGGCGUCAUCCAUGGGGUCGCCAUCCUUGUUGCGGAAGUCAUAGCCGUAGAUGUCGUCUAUGUAGCCGUUCUCUGCCAACACAAACACACACACGCAACCAUGUACCUACCUACCCGCCCAUCCCAUACAUGCAUACCGUCGUCAUCAACGCCUGCUUGUCCGUUGAGUUCGGCCUGGUUGACCCAGAGGUUGUCCUUGAGGUCGUUAUGCGUGUAAUCGACGCCCGUAUCGAGCACAGCCACCACAGGGCCCUUGGGCAGCUUGGUGGACGAGCCAGUGGUCACAGACCACGCAUCGGGGGCGCCGAUGGACAGCAUGCCCCACUGGUUGCCGAAGGAAGGGUCAUUGGGGACUGUGCCUGUGGCCUUGACCACCUGGUCCUCCUCGCACGCCGCCACACUCUCGUCGCUGCAGAUCUCGUCCACAUUCUUCUGGAACUCGGUGAUGUUGGCAGGGUUCUGGGGGUCCACGUACAGCUCCAGGAUGUCCACGUGGCUGCGACGCAUCUUGCGGUGCUCCUUGAUGGCUGAACACACCAACACACCACACCACAACACAGCACAACAUGAGAUAGCGACGCAAGGAUACCUCUGCCUGUCUGCCCUUUGUGCAGCCAUCCAUAUCACAGAUGCAUACGUACAGUACCGUCUUUGAGUCUAUCGACGAUGUCUGAGAGCCAGCCGAGUCGUCUGCGUCCUGCCUCUGCAGCGGUAGCGUUGUGGUAGACGACGAGGAUGCGGGGAGGCGAGCCCAGGGCUGUCGUGCUGCCGCUCGGGGGAGUGCCACUCAGCUUCCGCCCCGCAGCCUUGUCAGCCUCAUCCGCAGACGUGCUGAAUGAAGCAACAAGCCAGCGAAACACACAAGACGGAGGUAGGUCAAAGCACUCACUUCACAAUCUCUUGCUGACAUGUGUUCCUUGGCCUUGGCCUGGAGUGCUCGUCUGGCGGUCUGUGUGGCGUUGGUGACGUUGUUGAGGUCGAGUGAUUCCUGUAUGUCGGCCUCGAUGGCAGCGUGUGCACUCGACAGCUUGGCGAAGUCAUCGGCCGUGAGGAACAGUGGCAGCGGCAUGGGCAGCCAGGGGACCGUGCCAGUGGUGUCGCUCAGGUGGAACAGACCCAGGCUGUACAGCAUCGAUAUGUCCGCACUGACAGACACCAACACACAUACAUACACAAAGAGACAGACAGACCCAUUCACACGUGGCUGGCCGUGGUGUUGUGUUGGUUGGAAGCCUGCUGCUUACUUGAAGAGUUCUGUGUUGAUGACGUCUCUGUUUCUGGAGAUCAUCCAGAGGUCGAGGUCGGUGAAUAUGGGCGAGAAGGCGGCGGCGGUGGACUCCUGUGUGUUGGCUGGGGACGUCGUGAAGAAACCCAUCUUGACCAUCUCGCUGAAGAGCGCAGACCCUGCCGUUGCAUUCAGCUCGCCAAACAAUGACGCACUCGACUGCACACGCCGACAGAGGCAGGCGGAAACACAAUGCAUCGGGCUUGCUGGUGGCUGGCUGGCUGACCGUGUCGAAUGUGACGGCGAGUAUUUUGUUGUCGUCGUCCACUUUGACAGAGCGAACGAGGUAUUCAUUGGCCUGUGUCUCCGUGUAGUUCCAGUCGCCAGACCCACGGAAGAGUGUGCUGGCCGGGAAGUCCGCGUACGCCAGCCGACGGGAGCCUCCACCGCCCUGCUUGGCCUUGAGCUGACGAGCCUGCAAGACAGAGAGGGGGAGAGGGAUCAAUGGAUCAAUGGAUGGAUGGACGGAUGCGUGGAUGGAUGAGGGAAAAGGCCCGCCAGGCACACGACACGUGUGCUGCUCGCUAUCGGUAGUGCUGGUCUGAAGGUUGGUGUUGUACAGUAUCUACCUACCGCUGGGGGUGAGAUGUUCUUCCAGUAGAAGUCGGGGUUGGCGGCGUUGACGGCAGUGGCGUCGAAUGACGAGAGGAGCACCAUGUUCCACUUGUGCAGCACGUGGUCCUUGGCCGUGCCCACCAACGACUCCCACGUCGUACCCGCCUUCAUGCCCAGGUCACGAGGCGUCACCUCACUGAAAGACAUACAUACACAACACACGACACGGCAAGACGCAUGUACAGCCAUGUUGCACACUGCCUGUGGUGGUGUAGUGUCCCUCUCUGUUUGGCCGCCUGGCUGGCUGGUUGACUGACUUUUUGCGCCAGGCGGAUGUUUCCAAAAGGCUGAGGUCGAAAUUGGAGAGGUGUGCCGAUGCAGGGAACUCACCGAUGGCGCAGUCGUGGAAGUUGGGGUGCCAGUUGGACGACCUGAGCGAGGUUUCAAUCAAUGAAGGAAGGCACCCAUGUUGAUGAUUGCAUGUGUGUGUGGUGCCCUACUUGAAGAAUCCGAUGGGUUCUGCGUGUCCCUCAUAGACGGCCCAGAAGCGGGCGCCGCCAUAGGUGGAUGCGGUGGGUGUAGUGAGGUUCUGGUACUCGAAGCCCCAUGGCUUGAUGGCCCCGUCGCGGGAGCGGAUGAAGCCCCACGGGUGCCACACGCCAUCCUGGCUCUUGUAGACGCCCCAUGGGUAGAAGGUGUUGUCGUAGCUGCCACACGAGACACAACACACGCAAGUGCAUAAGUAUUCCAUCGUCUAUCUAUCUGGAUUGAUGCCUCGGUUCGCUGCUCGCUGGCUCUUUCGUAUGUGACAUCCAUCUGUGUGUUUACCUGAAGUAUCCGAUAGGGACGAUUUUCCAGGAGACGUCCCUCCAGGUGCUGGCCGUCGGUGACAUUUCCAUCGUAGGGUCGGCUGGGCUAUAGGACCCAGCGUCGAUGGGUGGUGGAGCUGCAGCAGCCUCCAGACGCCGCCCCGCUACUUCGGUCUCUUCCGGCGGCUGGUAGAACAGGCCGCACGAGACGCACCGCUGGAUGCCUAUGGCGCCCCAGCGCUGGAAACCUGGGGAGCCCCAGCGCUGGAUGCCACCGGACAUCCAUCGGGAGAAGCCAGGAGGCAUCAGCAUGCCGUCCUCGCUACCGGCGAUCGACCGCUGAAUGCCGGGUGACAUCCACCGCUGAAUGCCGGGUGACAUCCACCGCUGAAUGCCGGGGGCACCCCAGUCUCCCCAGGAGCGCUGGAUGCCUCCAGAGCCCCAGUUACUCCACCGCUGCAGGCCGGGAGAGCCCCAAAAGCUGCGCUGGAUGCCGGGAGAAUUCCACCCCCAGGUGCGAUGGAUGCCGACCGGCAUCCAGAUGCGCUGAAUACCGGGCGACCCCCAGCCCCACCGUUGAAAGCCCGGGGACAUCCAGCCCCAUCGCUGAAUGCCGGGGGGCGCCCAUCCCCACCGCUGAAUACCGGGCGACAUCCAGCCCCACCGGGCGAUGCCCUGCAGACAUACCACACAAACACACAUAUGUGACGGCGGGGCAUCAUGUCACGUAUCUGUGCCUGGAUUGACUUACGAUAGGCAUCCAGUUGUUCCAGCGACCGAGCCCCACGUGGUUCAGGACCCCGAAGUAGCUGUCGAGCCAGCGGGCGAUGCCCGUCCAGCCCCAGCCGUAGGCAGCAGGAUGCCAUCUCGCGAUGCCGAACCAGCCCCUGGUCCAUUCAUAUGCCGCCAGACAGACAGACGGCAAGAAAAUGCGCAAAGCAGAGACAUACCUUCUCUUUCCCUUUCUUAUCUGGAUUGGCUCACCAGCCGUGGUAGGCAGGACUCACCCAGCGUCCCUUGGCCACCCAUCCCUGACAUACAAGCGACGUAUCCGUGAGAUCCACUCAUUCACCCAAAUAGCGCAUUCAUCCCUCUCGCUCUUCAGCACACUCACCCAUCCCCAGUAGUCGUUGAAGGACCAGCGGCCGUUGCCGACCCACCUGAAUGCCAAGACCGUCAAGAAGGCGUCUGUACAUCCAUCUGUGCGGUGCGCCUUCGUUACCCGAAUCCAGUGUAUUCGUAGGGGUUGUAUCCUCGCGCAAUGCCAGUCCAUCCCCUGAACGACAAUCGAGACGCCCUCAACACUCGUUCGUAUUUGAUGCAACAUGUCAAGUUUACCAGCCAGGGUUCCAGCGGGAGAUGUCUGAAGGAGAGCAGAGCACGGACACAGAAGAGCAGGUGCUGUGAUUGCAUGGCCGGGCUAGCUGCCUUUCACCCGGCCCACCCACCUUCCAUGGUCCGAUUCUCCUCUGCUCUAGCAAUGCCGGUCCAGCCCCAGUCGGGAUUCCAGCGGGCAAUGCCAACGUAGCCCCUGAAGGAAUCCACGGCAAAAAGGGAAAGGUCUGCCUUAUUGAAUCUUCUGUGUGCUUAUGCACCGUACCAUGAGCGUUGGAUACCCACAUUUCCACUAGGUGACACGGUUACAGGCAUAAGCAAGUCAUCGUAGCCGUGUGUGUCGUGUGUGUGCGUAUGUCAGUACUAAUAAGGGUUCCAACGCUCGUGGCCUGAAAUGGCGCCUCUGUGCAAAUAAGGAAAUCGAGAGAUCCCACACGGUGGGUGUGAGGUAUUGGUAUGUGGUAGGUCGUCGCGGCUUACCCUUCGUAGUACCACGGGGUCCAGCGGGCCAUGCCAAACCACCCCCUAGACAGACAGAGAAGAAGGCAGAAGCCAGGACAUGAACAAACAGGUGUUACACAAUCACGGGCAGCUUCACAUGUGUAUUUGGUCCCUGUGCGCACCAGCUGAAGUAUGCGGGAUUGAACCAGCGGGCAGUGCCCACCCAGCCCUACAACAUCAAUGAAGCACAGGCAUUUAUUCCAUCUUGGCUAUGUAUCUGUUUCCUUUGGCCUCCCCUUGUGUGUAGUGCAGUGCAGUGUAGCAUACCCAUCCCCAGAUGUCGCUCCAUCUCCAGUUCGCCCCGCCGACCCAGUUCCACCCGAGGAAUGUGCCGAAGAAGCGAGACACGUCGGAUAUGACGAAGAAGGGCAGAGUCUUCAUGCCGCUUUCGCCGAAGGGCCCGCCCUCGGACCACGACAGGGCCGGCGCAAAGGCGAGUUCGUCCCAUGGGGAUGCUUUCGAGUGGUCCACGAAGUCGGCCGAGCCGCCAGGCAGGAAGUACCGGGCUGAGAAGAGCCCCGGGCUCUCGCGAAACCCGAAGCUGUGGAUCUGUCCACCACCGGGCAGCCACGCCUCUGCAGCACACACAGCAGGGCGGAUGAACCGUCAGAUUCACGCCCUUAAUGCAUUGUCUGGCACAGAUCUCUAGAUCUCACACAGAUGUCGCCCUUCCCGCCCCCGACCUUUGUCUUCGGACCAGACGCCCUUGUCGCUUUCAUUUGUGGCAUACCACCAGCUCCAGUAGCUGUUGUAGUCGUCCGCGGUCCAGAUGCUGUCUUUGGGCCAGAAGAGGGGCGCAUUCCGCAGGUUCUUCACGGAAGCGACCACACCAUAUGGAUGGAUGCCUUGUUAUGCGGUGCUAUUCGAUGCCUCACCUUGAUGGAGAUAUCGAGGGUGGCCUCGCUGCCGCCAUCGUUGGUCACUUUGAUGGUGACGGGUGUUUUCUGCCCUGCUGUGAUGUUCUGCUUGAGGAGCGUGUGGUCCACGGUGAGCUGGUGGCUACUGCCCACCAAGGAAAGGAUUGCGAGCAAAAAGACCCCAAGCGACAUCUUCGGGGCUUGUGAAAGGAGGGUGGAGGCAACGUUUUCGGCCGGAGGGGCUUGCGAGCUAUGGGGGCAGGACGGCAAACGCGAAGGGAGAGAUGAAAUUCACAGAAAAAAUCAAGGGAUUGUAGGUAUACGUGUGAUGGUGACGGGUG